AUGCUGGGAGGGAGGUGCAGGGCCUCCCAGAAGAAGCCACAAGUGACCCAAGACAUGGGGCUGGAGGGCCGAGAGACAGCUGGCCAGCCACAAAUGAUGAUGCUGCCCACGCCCAAUGGCAGUGGGCCAAGCCUGGAGUUUGAAGGACCCUGGCCAGAGGUCCCUGACAGGUCACCAUGUGUGGCUGGUGUCAUCCCUGUCAUCUAUUACAGCGUCCUGCUGGGCCUGGGGCUGCCGGUCAACCUCCUGACCGCAGUGGCCCUGGCCCGCCUUGCCGCCAGGACCCGGAAGCCCUCCUACUACUACCUGCUGGCGCUCACGGCUUCGGACAUCGUCACCCAGGUGGUCAUCGUGUUUGUGGGCUUCCUGCUGCAGGGGGCCGUGCUGGCCCGAGAGGUGCCCCAGGCCGUGGUGCGCACGGCCAACAUCCUGGAGUUCGCUGCCAACCACGCCUCCGUCUGGCUGGCCGUCCUGUUCACGCUGGACCGCUACAGUGCCCUGUGCCGGCCCCUGCACCACCGGGCUGCCUCGUCCCCUGGCCGGACCCGCCGAGCCAUCGCUGCGGUGCUUGGUGUCGCCCUGCUGACCGGCAUCCCUUUCUACUGGUGGCUGGACGUAUGGAGGGACGCGGACCCUCCCAGCACGCUGGACAAGGUCCUCAAGUGGGCCCACUGCCUCACUGUCUAUUUCAUCCCGUGCGGGAUCUUCCUGGUCGCCAACGUGGCCAUCGUCUGCCGGCUCCGGCAGAGGGGACGGGGCACGCUGCGGCCCCCCACGGGCAAGAGCAUAGCUCUUCUCCUGGGGGUCACCACGCUCUUUGCGCUCCUGUGGGCGCCCCGGAUCUUCGUCAUGCUCUACCACCUGUACGUGGCCCCUGUCCACCGUGACUGGAGAGUCCACCUGGCCUUAGAUGUGGCCAACAUGGCCGCCAUGCUCAACACAGCCAUCAACUUUGGCCUCUACUGCUUUGUCAGCAAGACUUUCCGAGGCACUGUGCGAGAGGUCAUCCGGGAUGCCCGCCUCCCCUGCACCCUGCGGUCUCGGCUGGAGCAUAUGGUGGCAGGGCCCGUGAUGAAGCCCCUAGGGCUCCCCAAAGGGGCAGAACUGUAG